AUGGGUGAUGAGGCAACCACGAAAAUGAUGAGUGAUGAUACAACUACUCAAACAACCGGCGAGGAUGAUGGUGAUACCACAUCCGGCGGCGGGGAAGAUGUCGAGGAUGUCAUCAGCGACCAUGACGACGACAACGACGACAAUGAUAGUGACGCCCCGUACUGUGAAAAUUGGGAUGCCUUUGUGGUUUAUUAUACUUGGACACAAAUGAUCAUGAGGAUUUAUCAUUUCGAACAUUGGACCUUGAUCGGAUUGUCGGCAGUUGUGUUCCUGUUGUGUUAUGGAUCAUUGGAUUUGGGAAGAUUGUAA